AUGUACUAUUCUCCUGGGAUGGAUUAUUCGCUGGAAGCGGGUUCAAUUUUGAUCCCUUAUCGGUUUGUUUGGCCUUAUGGUGGGAACAGUGUAUAUCUCUCUGGUUCGUUCAAUGGGUGGAAUCAAUGGCCGAUGACUCUAAUGGAGGGGUCCCGUACUUGCUUUCAGUCCAUUUGUACCUUGCCUCCUGGUUAUCAUCAGUAUAAGUUUGUUGUUGAUGGGGAAUGGCGUCAUGAUCACCAGCAACCACAUAUCUCCAGUAACUAUGGAGUUGUGAACACCAUCCUUUUAGCAAGGGAAUCAGACUAUCCUCCUCCAAUGCUCAAUCCUCAAAUUCCUAAUUCCAACAUGGACGUCGAUAAUGAGGCCUUUCAGCGUCUGGUUACAGUAUCAGAUGGUGGAAUAUCAGAAGCUGACUUGGAUUUGACUCGCCGCCGUAUUUCAGAUUUUUUGUCUUCACAUACUGCUUACGACUUACUUCCGCAGUCAGGAAAGAUUAUUGCUCUGGAUGUUGAUUUACCGGUGAAGCAAGCAUUUCAUAUUUUGCAUGAGCAGGGAAUUCCUAUGGCUCCUCUAUGGGAUUACUGCCGGGGACGAUUUGUCGGUAUCAUAAGUGCUCUAGAUUUCAUCUUAAUCAUGAAAGAGCUUGGAAACCAUGGAUCUAACCUGACCGAGGAAGAGCUUGAAACACACACUAUAUCUGCUUGGAAAGAAGCCAAGUCAUACAUGAAAAGACAAAUCAAUGACUCUGCGAGAUCAGGCCCCAGACAACUUGUGCAUGCUGGACCUGAUGACAAUAUGAAAGAAGUUGCCUUGAAGAUUUUACAAAAUAGGGUUGCUACAGUUCCCAUCCUUCACUCCAACUCUUCUGAUGGAGCAUACCCGCAGUUGUUGCACCUCGCUUCACUUUCUGACAUACUAAAGAGCAUUUGCAGGUAUUUCAGAUAUUCUUUAAGCUCAUUGCCUGCUCUGCAACUGCCAGUUUCUACCAUAUCAAUGGGAACUUGGGUUCCAAAGAUUGGAGAUUCAUCUCGGCGGCCAUUGGCUAUGCUGAGACCUAAUGCUUCCCUUAGUGCAGCUCUAAACUUAUUAGUUCAAGCUGAGGUUAGUUCGAUUCCCAUUGUUGAUGAUAAUGACUCCUUAUUGGAUGUAUAUUCGCGUAGUGAUAUUACAGCUUUGGCAAAGGACAAACUUUAUGCGCAUAUCAAUCUUGAGGAGACUACUAUUCAUCAGGCCUUACAACUUGGUGAAGAACCAUAUUCCCCGUAUGCAGUGAGCCAGGAAAGAUGUCACAUGUGUUUGCCAAGUGAUCCGGUGCUUAAAAUCAUGGAAAGAUUGUGCAGACCAGGGGUAAGACGGGUUAUCAUCGUGGAGGCUGGAAGCAAACGCGUAGAAGGUAUCAUCACGCUAAGCGAUGUUUUCAGGUUUCUGCUUGGGUAG